UUCCUGUGUUACCGCCCUUGGCUGAGUAGAAACCAAGCAGCGUUCAAGACGUCGCUUUCAUUAGGAGGAUUGCUGUUAUUUGGGGCUACAUCAGUCAGUUCCGGUUAACCUUAGGUAGCAUCUCUCUGGUCCUCGGCGGUGUGGCUGUGGUCUGCUGUUCAGUGUUGCUUAGCGAGCUAUAGCCAGCACCAUGGCGUUGCCAUUCAAGAAGGAUUUGGAAAAGUAUAAGGACUUGGAUGAAGAUGAAAUCCUCAGCAAGCUGUCUGCAGACGAGCUCAAGCAGCUGGAGUCGGCCCUCGAGGAGAUGGACCCUGAGAAUGCUCUUCUCCCAGCGGGUUUACGCCAGAAGGACCAGACGUCUAAAGGGGCAACGGGACCGUUUGACAGGGAGAGUCUGCUCAAAUACCUGGAGAAGGAAGCCAUGGAGUACAAGGACAGAGAGGAUUACGUGCCAUUCACUGGGGAGAAAAAAGGUAAAGUAUUUGUUCCUAAGCAGAAAGCAAUAGAAACACGCCAGGACGACAUCACAACCCUUGAUCCAGAACUGGAGGAGGCUUUGUCCAGCGCGACAGACACAGAACUUUGUGACUUAGCAGCCAUCCUGGGUGUUCACACACUGGUCACCAGUAGUCAGACAUACGAUGGGUCUGGAAGCAAAGAAUCUUACAACAAUGUGGUCCGAGGGGAGAAAAUGAACCCGGUGUUCGACGAGCCUCCCAACCCCACUAAUGUAGAAGAAACUCUGCAGAGGAUAAAAAGCAACGACGGCUCCUUAACGGAAGUCAACCUCAACAACAUAAAGAACAUUCCUAUUCCCACGCUGAAGGACUUCGCCAAAGCCAUGGAGAAGAACACACAUGUUCAGAAGUUCAGCCUGGCGGCAACACGGAGUAACGACCCCAUCGCCGUGGCGUUCAGCGACAUGCUCCGAGAAAACAAGGCUUUGAGAAGUUUAAACCUGGAGUCCAACUUCAUCACUGGGGCCGGGGUUCAAGCUCUGGUCGACGCACUGCGGGACAACGACACGCUCACAGAAAUCAAAAUAGAUAACCAGAGACAGCAGCUGGGCACAACUGUAGAGAUGGAGAUAGCUAAGAUGUUGGAAGAGAACAACAGUAUAGUGAAGUUCGGUUACCACUUCACCCAACAAGGGCCCCGGUCCAGAGCUGCUGCAGCGAUCACCAAGAACAACGAUCUGGUCCGCAGGAGGCGAGUGGAGGGGGAUCUGUAGAGUCCCGGGCCGCCUCGCUCCCCAGCAGAUCCUGUUUUUCAUCUCAACCCGUGGAAUAAUUUCAGCCAAUGCCCUGGUCUCAUCUCACUGUGUGGAAACUAUUUGUCUUGUGCCAAACUGCGGGGCAAGGCAUGCUCAACCAGAACAGACAUCUGAGAAGAAGGGAAAUAACUGGAAUUGCCCUCUCCCGUUCAUUCUUAUGUUUAUUGUUUUGUCGUCCUUGUUGAAGGUGUAAAUCUCACUAGUUUUUAGGCAUUUCAUUUCAGCUGCUCCUUUUUUUUUUUUUGAGCCUUUAUCUGUCAUGAAUUUUUACUUGCUUUUCUUCCUUUUAUACAAAUGCUAUAAUUAUGUGAACUAAUCAAACAUUACCAAGUACCAGAAAUGACAAAAAUAAACAAACCGUUUGUAAAAACAACAGUUAACAGGAUAGUUCAGACUUGGUAAAUGACUACUAACCGGCAAAACUCCCGAGUGCACAGCUGCCCGUUUAAAAGCCAGCAGUGUGGUGCAGUGAGGAUUCUGAGCUGUGGUGUUGCUGGAUGGUUCGUUGUAUAUGGCAGCAGCAGAGCGGUUUGCAGGUGUUGCUUAUUGGAGUUGCCUUGUGAAGCCAGCGUGGCGAUUGAACUGGCGUGUGCAGACGGUUAGCGUGUGCAGGAAUCUCCUGGAUUUUCUAGUCUAUGAUAGCAGUUUAGGACCACAUUAAGGUGAAAAAAGUAGGGUUUUUAUAGCACUUUCAGGAAAAAAAAAAAACUCAUGAGCAGAAUACAUUUCAGAGAGACAAAAGACAAUUCUAAAAGAAUAUUUUGUCUUCAUUCUCUUAACUGUAUUUUGACCUUAAUGGCAGAAAGGAAAUAAAAGUCAGGUUUUUCCUUACUGUGGCUCUAUUAGGCCUUUGUAGUUGUCAGCCUAAGAUCAGGUGCUUGACUGCUAAUUACACGCUUCUCACUGCUCUUUUAUCCUUAUGAAAGCUCUUGUUUUUGAUACGGUUCGGAUUCAGACUGUUGUUUUGAUUACUUUUAUCCUCUUACUGGAAAUUCUAGGUACAGUUUGGAUCAAGUCACAUGUGCUGUGUUAAAAAAAUAAAUAAAAAAAAACAGCAAUCUUGAAAUUAACUCCAGUCUAAGCUGAAAUGGCUUUGAUCUACUCUUACGAUUGAUGAAGUGAUUUGUUUAACACCCUGGGGUCUUUUUGAUACUCAACAAUGCCAAAGACGAACACGCAGCGUUUCAGCAUUGGACCUAACGAUUCCUGCCUCAGACUUUGGCUUCAUCACAGCACAGAUCUGCUGAAGGAGUCUCUCUCUCUCUCUCUCUCUCCGUAAUCUGGACCAUUUUGCAUUGUUUUUAUGCCAUUGUAUGCAUUUCCUCUCUUGUACGUUCUGAAGAGCUAAUAAAGUUGUUCUGUGCGAUGCGGAGAAAAGUUGACAAAUAGUCUGUGUGAAACGUUUUUUUUUUUUUUUCUCAGGUUGCAGCAUCCUGUGAAAUAUUUGUUUGAGCACUCAGAAGUCUUAAACUUUGUUUUCCUUCCACUCAAACACUUUAAUUUAGCAUUCCCUCAUCAUUGUGUAAACGGAUAUUAAUAACAUGCUGCAUGUACACCUAAAGUUGCUUCCUUUGGUUAGAGAUGGGUGGAACAGCACACAUUCAGGGGAGCUUGUAUAUACUGUACUGUUGCUGUGUAAUAUAGGAACAAUAUGCUGGCAUGAAGUCUUGACUUGUGAACAUCAUGUUUGUAUUGAUCAAAACUGUUAUUUCUUCAGCCUCACAUUCCUUGGAUUUUUUUUUUUUUAUCUGUGUACUCUUUCCUGUCAUCAUAUCCUCUAGUAUUUCUCAAAAUGUUAUAUUUUUUACAUCCUUGUCUGAUAUUUUUUUUUCCCCCCUUUCUUUUUCUGGUGGACGGUCAGGUUAAGCAGAAAACUACACGUGUGCGUUGGUUUCAUAAUAAUUUUAUGUGUCUCAUAAGAUGUAUGCCAUCUCAAAUUUAAAAUACGCACAUACACUUAUGUGUCUACCAGAUAAAUCUACACAAGUUCACUGCUGAGGUUUUUCUUUUUUUUUUUGGUAACCUUAAACAAAACCCAGGUGUUAACACAAGGAACAUGUAUUAUUGUAACACCACAAGACUGGUAAAACGCACUGCUGAAUAUAAGUAAACAAUAAAUGUUUUUACUUACUCCUAUGGUCCUUAUCUGUUCAACCUUUGCCUCAUUAACCUGUAAUAAAUUGGACAAUGUA